AUGGUGAAGCAGCCCAUCUGGGACUGCAGGGACCCUCUGGGCUUGUUUUGGGCUGGCCUGACCUUACUGCAAUUCGCAGCCACAAAAAGCCACAUGCCAGCGCUGCCGUUCAUAAUGGAGGACCUGGAGGAUGUGGCAUUUGUGGAUGUACCAGAUCGUCUAGGAAGAGCUGCAUUUCACUGGGCUGCAGAGCAUGGGCAGCUGGAUGCUCUGGACCUCUCCAUGGGCUUUGGCUGUGGCCACAGUGUCAAAGACAAGGAACUAGGCUUCACACUGCGGCUAUGUCACCCACAGCCUGGUUCUCGCCUGCGGCGGCAAGGCAACACAGCCCUUCACCUGGCCGCCCACCUGGCUGCGCUGCUGGCCGUCAGGCUGGACCUGAAGGAGCAGAAUGCGGAAGGUCCGACAGCCCUUAAUGCGGCUACCGCCGAAGGGAUCCACCUCACCUGUGUGCAGCUCCUCCGAGGGGCGGGGACACCCUCACCCAGAAAAAAGCAGAGCUGCCUCCACUAUGCAGCCCUCGGUGGCUCCGAGGACACGGUCAUCCAGGCAGGAGGCAGUAGUGAUGUGGCUGAUCACAUAAGUCAGGGCGCCACUCCUGUGCACCUCGCUGAGGCACGUCACUGGCCUGCGGCAGGUCCUUAUGGACGCCACUUUGAUCUGGACGCUGUUGACAAUAGGAAGCAGACACCCCUCCAUCUUGCCGCAGAGCACGCCUGGUGGGACAUAGCAGAGAUGCUCCUAUUCACUGGGGUUAACUUAAACCUAAGAGAUAAGCAAGUAGAAACUGCCCUGUCAGUGGCUGCCCGCAGCAACCACAGCAGCCUGGUGGACAUGGUCAUAAAAGCCGAUCACUUCUACAGAUGGGAGAAGGACCGCCUCUUGUGUAGGGACAUCUGUAACCCCUCUGGGAAGAGUUUGACUAUUAAGUAGGGUCAUCAGCGGGAAAUGCAGCCUCUCUGCUCAGUGCUGUGGCAAGUGGCUUCCCAGUACCUGCGGCCCCACAAGUGGAAGAAGCUGGCGUACUGCUGGGAGUUCACCAAGGCCCACGUCCACGCCAUAGAGCAACAGUGGACAGGAACCAGGAGCUAUGGGGAACAUGGGCACUGCAUGCUGCUCAUCUGGCCACACGGUGGUGAGAAUCCCACCAGAGCGCUAUUCAAGGGCCUCGUGGCCAUUGGCAGGAGGGACCUGGCUGGUAAGUGCCUCCUUCUUGCCUGCUUCCUGCUCAGGGCAGCUCUGGGCCCCAGCAAGGCCCUCCAAGGCUGCCCAGACCACAGUGCCAUGGCACUGGCUCUGAACCUUCCAGAUUGCUGGUCGUAGCCCCUCCUCCUCCUGGAACCCAGGCAGAGCCUCAGGCAACUGACAGUACCUCUGGGCCCCAGACUCCCCCUCUGUGCAAAGAGGGUGGCCCAGAUGGUCCCUGUGACCUUCAUGGCCCCAAGAUCACUGCAGCUACGAUCUCUUCCUAUCCAGCUGUCUAUACUGCUUUGAUCCCAUGUCCCCACCCCACCCCCACCCCCCGCCCAGUUUGGGAUAAGGCAAGAACAGCCUGCAGGGGUGUUUUUCACAAACAUUAAGACCUAUGGGCCAAAACUGGUUUAAGAUGAGUUGAACUACUAAGAUCUGAUCAAAUAAAAUUUCUGAGGCCAUCACAACCUAUUUGAGUCUGUCAAUCCCAAAAGCUUUUUUGGGGAUUU